GCACUGCACUUGUAACAUCCACACAUCCAAACAGCACCAACACGAUUUCUAUUAUCAACUAAAAACACCAAAAUUAUCACCGGGUUCAGUCGUUUCUGCUGAAUUGAAGUUUUCUGUCUUCUGGGUCCGGCCAUGGCUUCUCAUAUGCUUUACGCAUCCAUCAUCACUUCUCAUCCUUCAUCAAACCUCACCAAGCUUCCAAGGCCUUCUUCUUCUUCAUCACCCAGACUUCCAACUCGACUCAAGUCUUUCAAGUGCAAGGCUCAAAGCUCAAGCUCUCAGUCCCAGACUGUCUAUCAGGGCAUCUAUGGCCCUUGGUCUGUUGACUCCACUGACGUUAAAGAGGUCAUUCUGUACAGGUCAGGAUUAGUGACUGCUGCUACAUCAUUUGUAAUUGCAGCUUCUACUGCCUUUUUGCCUGACAGUUUCUUAGCUAACGAGGUUAUUAGGCCUAAUCUUGAUUACUUAUAUGCAAUUGGAGCCGGUGGGUUGGGUUUGUCAUUGGUUCUGAUUCACAUUUAUGUGACUGAGAUUAAGCGCACUUUGCAAGCAUUUUGGGGGCUUGGUGUUGUUGGGUCUUUGGCUGCGUAUAUAUGCUUGGCUCAACCAGCUGGAGAGGGCUUGGUUCAGUAUGUGGUUGAUAACCCCACUGCUGUUUGGUUUGUCGGUCCUUUGUUUGCAGCCCUCACAGGACUGGUUUUCAAGGAAGGUCUUUGCUAUGGAAAGUUGGAAGCUGGACUACUCACAUUCAUAAUACCUAUUGUUCUUCUUGGGCACCUGAGUGGCUUGAUGGAUGAUGGAGUGAAACUUUCUCUGCUAGGCUCAUGGAUGGCCCUGUUUGUAUUAUUUGCCGGAAGGAAGUUCACACAACCCAUUAAGGAUGACAUUGGUGACAAGUCUGUCUUCAUAUUCCAAUCUUUGCCUGAAGAUGAGAAGAAGGCCUUGGUUAAGAAACUUGAGCAACAGGAGUAUAGUCAGAAUCCUAAUUAGUAUGAUGAGCCACAGUGACAGUUUAGUCUAUAGUUCUACUGAACAAGAAUUUUGUGCUAAACAUACUGUACAAGCCUAGUGUAAAGCUAAUUACGAAAUAUAGAAUUGUUCUUCACAUU